UUAUCAGGCAAAUGGCAAUGGCGAUUUGCGAACGUCGGAUGAUAAUUUGAUAAGGACUGCGUUCUCUGUCAGUUGAAGUUGAAAAGAACGUGUAUCGUAGAAAGAAUGCACGUUUAUAGUCUGAUUGAAACGUGAAGGCUAAAGAGUAAAGUUACCGAUAGGCGAUAUAUUCGCAGUGGUUCUACGCCGAGUCCGAGCGCGUGUUGUGUACGCGGUAAACGUUUUAGUUACAAUCAAAUCAAAGUUCGUAAUAUUUUAUCUUGUCUGAACCCAUAAUAAUGGCUGAGAAACAAAUAAAAAAUCGUGUUUGCAUCGUCGGUUCAGGAAAUUGGGGUUCAGCGAUUGCUAAAAUAGUUGGGCGCAAUGCAGCUCGCCUUCCAAAUUUUGAAGACCAAGUUACCAUGUGGGUAUAUGAAGAGAUGAUUGAAGGAAAGAAAUUGACAGAGAUCAUAAAUGAAACCCAUGAAAAUGUAAAAUAUUUACCAGGACACAAACUGCCACCCAAUGUUGUAGCCAUACCUGAUAUUGUGGAUGCAGCUAAGGAUGCAGAUCUAUUGAUCUUUGUUGUGCCCCACCAGUUUGUUCGCACCUUAUGUUCAACCUUAUUGGGAAAAAUAAAGCCCACAGCAGCUGCUCUUUCACUUAUCAAGGGCUUCGACAUAGCGGAAGGCGGCGGCAUCGACUUGAUCUCGCACAUCAUUACGAGAUGCCUGAAAAUUCCUUGCGCUGUCCUAAUGGGUGCCAAUAUCGCUUCAGAGGUGGCCGAAGAAAAAUUCUGCGAAACAACGAUAGGAUGCCGGGACGUGAUGUUAGCGCCGAUGAUGCGCGACAUCAUACAAACCGAGUACUUCCGAGUCGUGGUCGUGGAUGACGAGGACGCUGUAGAGAUUUGCGGCGCUUUGAAGAACAUAGUAGCAGUAGGAGCGGGUUUCGUAGAUGGGCUGGGCUUUGGAGACAAUACAAAGGCAGCGGUCAUCCGAUUGGGGCUUAUGGAAAUGAUCAAGUUCGUGGACGUGUUCUACCCGGGCAGCAAACUUAGCACCUUCUUCGAGUCGUGUGGAGUUGCGGAUCUCAUUACCACGUGUUACGGUGGCAGGAAUAGAAGAGUGGCAGAGGCGUUCGUCAAAACUGGCCGAUCGAUCAAAGAGUUAGAAGACGAGAUGCUCAAUGGACAGAAACUGCAGGGGCCCAUCACCGCGGAGGAGGUCAACCACAUGCUUGCCAACAAAAAUAUGGAAAACAAAUUCCCCCUUUUCACCGCCGUGUUCCGCAUCUGUCGAGGCGAGCUGAAGCCUAGCGACUUUAUCGACUGCAUCCGAAGCCAUCCAGAGCAUAUGAAUAGAGUCGCCUAGGUGUAAAAGUGAAAUCACGCUGGAUAUCUCCUUCACAUUAACAUGACAUGUAUUUUAUUAUGUUUAUUUAUUCUAUUUGUUACAUUUGUAUAUAUCUUUUAGAUAUUUAUUAUAUACCUAUUUGUAUAGAUACCUAUUUAUAAAAAAAAUUACACACAAACCAUUUUAUUUUAUGUUAUCUAUGAUAUUAUUGUAACAAACCGGGAGCAAUGUUUCACUUAUAUUGUGUUUGUCUUGUAGUAUCAGUUUACUAUGUAUAAUAAGUAUAUUUAUUUAUAUACAAUACAUAUAUAU